CUUUCGAGCUUGUGGGGAUGGAUCUGGUAGGCAAAUUAGCCCUGACAGACAAUGGCAACCAGUACAUUUGUGUCAUUAUUGACUAUAUGACUAAGUGGCCCCAGGCUUAUCCUCUCAAAUCAAAGGCUGCCAGGGAGGUUGCUGAUUGCCUCUUAAAAUUUGUUCAUCAAUUUGAGGCACCUAAGAGAGUCCUCACAGACCAGGGAAAGGAGUUUGUUAACACACUAAACAGUCAUAUCUGCAAAGUCCUGAACAUUAAAAGGUCAUUGUGCGCACCCUACCAUCCACAGACCAAUGGACUUGUAGAAAAAAUGAAUGCCACAAUACAAAGAUCCCUUUGCAAGCUUGUCCAAGACAAACCCAAUGAAUGGGAUAGGCACCUUGAUGCAGUUAUGUUUGGGCUUCGGACAAAGCGGCAGAUUACAACGAAGUUUUCACCAUAUUAUUUAAUGUUUGGAAGAGAGGCCCGUUACCCUUCUGAAAUACCGGAAAACUAUCAGAUUGACACAAGUGUGGAGGGCACCAUUUCAAUUGAGGAGUUGACAGAGUCUGCGAUUGCCUUAAGUGAGAUAUUAAAUGAGGCUCAUGUAAAUACCAGAGCCUCUCAAGAAAGGGUAAGGCGUAAAACCAAACAACAUGCCCUGAAUAUGUUUAAAGUGGGGGACAGAGUGUGGAGGGAAAAUAAAAGAAGCCAACAACGGAAGGGUGGCAAACUGGAGGCGAACUUUCUUGGCCCCUUCACAGUAACCUUUUUGGAUGGUAAAAGUGCCGACCUAGAAGAUGGUAGGGGUGUAAAAUUCCCGAAAAUAAAUGUUGACCAUUUAAGGUUACACAUUGAGGAAGUUCCACGCAUCCCACACAAACUGAACCCAUCAAAUUCAGUUACUGUGGCCUCUUCAGCCCUCUCCUCAACAGCAUCUCCACCACUAGAGCCCUCAUUGGAAUCUCCACCACCAGUGCCCUCACCGGCAUCUCAGCCACCAGUGCCCUCAUCAGAAUCUUUACCACCAGUGCCCUCACCAGCCUCUCUGCCACCAGUGCCUUCACCGGCAUCUCAGCCACCAGUGCCCUCAUCAGAAUCUUUACCAUCAGUGCCUUCACCAGCCUCUCCGCCACCAGUGCCUUCACCGGUCUCUCCGCCACCAGUGCCUUCACCUGUAUCUUCACCACCAGUGCCUUCACCAGCCUCUCUGCCACCAGUGCCCUCACCGGCAUCUUCAGCACAAAUGCCCUCACCGGCAUCCUCACCACAAAUGCCCUCACCGGCCUCUCCGCCACCAGUGCCUUCACCUGUAUCUUCACCACCAGUGCCUUCACCAGCCUCUCUGCCACCAGUGCCCUCACCGGCAUCUUCAGCACAAAUGCCCUCACCGGCAUCCUCACCACAAAUGCCCUCACCGGCCUCUCCGCCACCAGUGCCUUCACCUGUAUCUUCACCCCCAGUGCCUUCACCGGCUUCUCUGCCACCAGUGCCCUCACCGGCCCCUCCGCCACCAGUGACCUCACCGGCAUCUUCAGCACAAAUGCCCUCACCGGCAUCCUCACCACAAAUGCCCUCACCGGUCUCUCCGCCACCAGUGCCUUCACCUGUAUCUUCACCACCAGUGCCUUCACCGGCCUCUCUGCCACCAGUGCCCUCACCGGCAUCUUCAGCACAAAUGCCCUCACCGGCAUCCUCACCGGCCUCUCCGCCACCAGUGCCACCUGUAUCUUCACCUCCAGUGCCUUCACCGGCCUCUCUGCCACCAGUGCCCUCACCGGCCCCUCCGCCACCAGUGACCUCACCGGCAUCUUCAGCACAAAUGCCCUCACCGACAUCCUCACCGGCCUCUCCACCACCAGCUUAUUUACCACCAGUCUAUGUGGUCUCUUCUGCCUCCUCCUCACCGGCAUCUACACAACCAGCCCAUGCCACAACAGCAUCCUCAGUAGUUGUGACUUCAUCAGGGUCCAGCUCUUCUGAUGUAGAAUCACGUGUUAAAGAUGCCUGGGGAAGAGAAGGUCUAUAUGUGCUGCUCUCAAUAAUAGGCCCAUUCAAAUUGUUUUACUCAGAUAUUCAUCGGACUGCACCCACACGUCAUAUUGAAAGUGAGGUGCUCAAUGCUUACAUGUACCAUUUGGUACAAAAGUACAACAUGCAAUCAACCAAAAAGGCUGUCUCUAUUGAUUCUUUUGAAAUGAGUAACAUGUGGAAGUAUAAAAAAGCAAAGGUCAAGAUGGAUCCAAAAACUUUCCAAUUUAUAUUCGGAAUCAUAAACGAGCAUUGCCACUGGACUCUGACGAUUAUGAUUCCACAAGAGAAUAGGGCUCUGUUCCUGGAUCCUCUAGGGGAGACAUCAAAAGACAUUCAAAAAUGUCAGAAUGUGACUAGGUCAUUCAUGAUGCAAAAGGGCUACGACAUUCCCGGAUGGGCAUGUGGCACACUACCACAUUCGCGGCAACCAGAUGGCAGUUCCUGUGGGGCUUUUGUUCUGAAAUUUGCAGAGUGUUUCUUAAAUAACGAACCACUUCAUUUUUCAACAACUGAAGAAAGUGUGGCUGACCUGAGGAUGACAAUAGCUGCUUGUCUCUUGCAGAACUCUGCUGAUCUUAAGGACCUGUGCCAAAUAUGUGGGGAAAAAAACACUGGAAAAAAUGUGACAAACUGGAUUGGCUGUGAUGUGUGCCCACGUUGGUUUCACUGCAGAUGUGUCCAACGCACAAGAAAAACCAAAUCCUUCACAUGCCCUGUUUGUACACCUUGAGGUGUACUGUCUGUCUGGAUCCACCACAUUGUCUUGUCUUGCCUUAAACCGUAACACUAGGAUUUAUUUUGAUCUUUAAUUUAUUUAUUUAUGUAAGUGUUCAGUUUUCUUAAGUUUUUGUUAUUUAAAACAGUAUUCAUUUUUAUAAAUACUAUAUUGUUCCUAUGUUAACCUAUAGUUUUUUUUGCCAUGUGAUUGAUUUAAAGAUAUGCCGUUUUAAAUGCAUCUUUUUCUGCAAGUAAACUACAGAUAUGUUUAGUAAAUAUAAACACAAAUCAAAGCAUUGUAAAUAAAAACGUUUAAUCAUUUCA